AUGGCAAGCACCACCUUCUCCUGCAUCUCCCCUCCAGCAUCACCGCAAUUGCAACCACCACCAGCAAAUCAGCAUCGCAAGAAGGGUGCACGCUCCACAAGAGGGGUGCCACGCUCAAGUCUGGGGGCCCAUCAAGGCCAAGAUGCAUACCUUGCCAAGCAGAAGCAGCUCGAGGAAGCAUAUGGCAAGUCUGCAAAGAGUCUGGCUACCUAUCAACGGUACAUCAACCAAGUCCGUGGCUGGCUGGCAGAUGCAGAUCCACCUGUCUCUUACGCAGAUGGCCUGGACAUUUUGGGAGAGAAUAGUGAGAAGGUCUGCCUCUUCUUUCUCACCCACAGCUUUGAGCGACUAAGAGCAGCCACUCUGCGAGGCAUCUAUGCUGCUCUGCAAUGGCACUUCUGUGUCGAGCACAAGUGCUCUGCACAUGUUUUGUCUGGUUGGCAGAAGGUUGGGGGCACAUGGUCUGGCAACCCUGCGUUCAGCGAGAGCAUCCUCAAGCUUCUUAAGAACAAGAAGCGUGCUGAGAAUAGGGAGCGGCCGCUUGUGAAGCAGUCAAGGCCCAUGCUUUAUCCCAGUUUGGCAAUCAUUCUAGCAGGCAUUCAUAAGCGCCUCCAGCCUUUCAGCCAGCUGCCUGGCACCCUGACUGCUGAGCGAACAAAGCUGGAGUUCAUGCACUGUUACUGCAUUCUUGCCUAUAGGCUUUGGACAAGGUGCGAUGAGCUGUGCAAGCUCACAUGGGGUGAGAUUGAUCCUGUGACUCAUGUGUCGAAGGAAGGCCAGAAGUAUCUGUCCGUGACUCUCACAUUUCGCAAGACUAAUCAAAUAGACCCGCACAAGGGCAGGGAAUACCGGCUCUUCUUCUUGCCUGGGCGUCCAAUGGCCAAUGCUCUUGAGGCAGUGCCACGCUGGAAAGAGUACUGGAGCUGGAUUGCCGCACGCAAUCCCACCAGUCAAGAUCUUGUCUUUCCGGCCUUACACCUGAAGACUGGCGCCUUCCGCAUGAAGGAGACCAUGGGAUCAAAUGAGAUCAAUGCGCUGCUUGAUGAGCUUGCAGACAUUGAAGGUUUGGCCGACCUUCAUGCUGGACGGUUCACAUCCCACUGCUUCCGCAGAGGGGGUGCUCAAGAUGCUGUGAUUUAUGCCACUAACUAUGGGGAGCAGCGCAAGUCCUUGAAGGCUGCGCAAUGGUGGGGUGGCUGGUCACCCUCUGAGCACAACGAGACAAUCAUCAAGUAUUUGAUGGAUGAAGUCCGUCAGGGAGAGCACUACUGUGGUGAUAUGGAGGACACUGCAAACACCGACAACAGGGCACUGUACUUUGCUGGUGGCGCCACUACACAAUACUCGCAAGAUGUGCAAGCCAUACACCAGCAGAUUGCACAGUUAAACGAGACCCUGGCUCAGCAGACACAGGCUCUGCAACGCCUCGCAAGCACACCCCAACCUUUGCCAUACCCUUUGGAGCUUACACUUCAUCUCCCUGGUUCUGCAGCGCAGCCUGUGCACAUUGCAGUCCCACCCUUCCCAGUCUUGCCGCAGCCGCCAUUAGUCACCCAUGCAAGUGCUCCAGGCUCAGCAAUGCCAACAAGCUGGCCGCAACAGCCUACUGCAGCACCAGCGCUUGCCUGCAAUGGGGUGCCGCACCUUGCAAGUACAGGCAAGCCCUUACCCAUGCGCAUUCCUCAAGCUAAUUCAGUGGAGGACGUUGUGCAGCAGUGGGAGAUAGGUGACCCGAGCAUUGGCUUCUUGCCUUUGAGGUCUUGGACUUCAGCAAUGCGUUGCAAAGGCACUGGAGGCAAUGCGAUGGUGUUCUCUCUGCGCAAGAAGAUAUAUCAGGCAUACACAAAGCGAGGCAAGUCUCUGCGAGCUUUCUACCAAGCUUAUGGGGGCAGUAAAGGGAUGCUGAAGGAUUACAUUAGGGCCAUCCAGAAGGAGGCCCGGAGCACAGCUGACCACUGA